CUUCACUUCUCUCCCCCACACACACAAAACUCGUGGCUAUGAACUCCUUCUCAGUGUUCUUAGUGUUCGCCCUAGCUGCGCUGGCCGCUGCGGAGCCCCCAUCGGGCUACAACUAUCCCCGUGGAGGCGGUGGCGGUGGCGGCGGCUCCUCGUUUGGCGGUUCCUCAUUUGGCGGCGGCGGCUCCUCUUUUGGCGGCGGCGGCGGUGGUGGCGGCGGCGGCUUCCAGGCCGUCAGCGGUGGCUUCCAGACAUCCGAGGGCCAGAAUGUUGAUCCCGCGCUGUUGGAGCAGGUCCGCCAGAUCCUGCUGAAUGAGGAGAGCAAGCAGGGAGGCGGCGGUGGAGGUGGUGGAGGUGGUGGUGGUGGCGGUGGCUACCCAAGCGGUCCGUCGAGCAGCUACGGUGCUCCUCCCUCGAGCAGCUACGGUGCGCCCGGCGGAGGUGGUGGUGGUGGUCGUGUGGUCGGCAUCGAUCUUGAAGGCGUCCGUCAGGCCAUCCAGGUUGCCCAGUUCGCCCAGCAGAGCACCCAGCAGGGCGGCGGCGGUGGUGGUGGCGGUGGUUACCCAAGCGGCCCCCCAUCCGGUUCAUAUGGCGCACCCUCGAGGCCCGGCGGCAGCUAUGGCGCGCCCUUCUAAAACUAGAGGACUCUCAGAUCAAAAAUCAAAUUGCGCUGCCAAAAAUGAAUACCGACGGAAUGGACGACAUUUAACCGACUACGACGACGAUACCGCAACCAAUCCCGACACGACACCAACCAGCAUCAAACAACAACAUGAACAGCAAUUGGAAUCAACAUGAUACUCGUAUGUGGGUAUUCUGGAACCUGGAACACAUAGUUCGACUAGUGAUGUGGAUGAUCCCGAUCCAAGUAUCUAACCCCCAACCCUCAGCGACUGUAAUUCUCUAGCCCUGUCUCU